CCAACUCAUUUUUGUUUUGCUCCUUUUCUUUUCGCCUUCCUUCUUUUUCAUUCCCCGCUGCCGCUGCGGCGCUGCCUGCCUCUGCCCCUCCCCACCUCGCCUUUUUUUUCCAUUUCUUUUUUCGUUUUCCCAUUUUCCGCCGUGGAUUCCCAUGGUCACCACCACAGUGAAGUCCCGACCGCCGCAUGCUUCCUUCGCCAUGAGCGGCGGCCGCCGCCGCUCUUCGCCGGUGGCGCCUUCCUGCUCCUCCGUCCCCGGGCGUUCGUUGGUUCCGCUAUGCUGCUUGAUCUUGGUGCUCCUUUCUUUCUCCAUGUCGUCGUCCGCGGUGGCGGCGGAGGAUUGCGUUGAGGAUAGUGACGGCGCUGAUGGCGACGGUUGCUGUCUCAGCUUCCGGGAUGUGUGUGCCGACCGGAGCUCCUUCUGCUUCUCGUCCUCGGUGGCUCAGAUGUUGCUUGCAAGCGAGGACGCCGCCGAGGCGCCGGAUUUGGAGCUGCCAAGGGGCUGGGAACCGUCGUCUCUGCCAUUGUCCUUCCCGAUGUCCGGCGGCGGAGGCAUGGUAACUUGCUCUUCUGUUGACUCGUCGCUCACACGGGCGCGCGAUGGAUUGGGACGAGGUGACGACGCUAGAGCGAGGUAUGACGUCGCGUCAUGCCAGGCGCCGCUUGUGCCUGACAAUUGGAUGCGGGCAUCUGCUGGGGUGCCCAUGGAGGUGGAGGGCCCUGCCACAGAUGCCGACCCGAGUGGUCUUCAAAGCCCCUUGUCGAUGAAUGUGGAAAUUAACCCCCCGGUGCUGGAUUGGGGCAGGAGCGACUUGUAUGCUGCAACCAAGGCCAACUUGACCGUGGUGAAUUUGAACAAGAACAGUGCCCUGCGUCUGUAUGAACCCUUCAGCACUGACCCCCAGUUUUAUGUGUAUGGUUAUGAGGAUCUGGAGCUGCAGCCUGGGGAGAACGCCACAGUCACCUUCGUUUUCUUGCCAAAGUUGUUAGGCUCUUCAUCAGCUCAUCUAGUUGUGCAGACAAAUUUUGGCGGAUUUAUUAUACAUGCAAAGGGCAUGGCUGUCAGUUCACCCUAUCAGAUACUGCCAUUGACAGGGAUAGAUGUUCUUAUAGGUGGACAGCUAGAGAGGAACUUAUCGAUAUACAACCCAUAUGACGAUACUCUCUAUGUUGAGGAAGUGUCUGUUUGGAUGUCUUCAUUGGAGAGCACAAGGUAUUCUUCUCACCUUGUCUGCCAGCUGGGCCCCUUUGAUGGAGCAUUGGAGCUAUCCUCUUCACGUAGCAACUGGUAUACAGCAAGCAGUGAAGAAUUUAGAUGGCCAGUGGUCAAUAUCAGGCCUAGUGAACAAUGGGAGGUGCUUCCUUCAAAGAGGAACACUGUGAUUGAGUUAAAGCUGCAAGCUGUUUCUGAAGGCAAGGUGUUUGGUGCUAUCUGCUUGAAACUGCGCAAUUGCACUCUUAGUACGACUCAUGCUUUUGUGAUACCUAUUGAGCUAGAGGUGCAUACACGAACUUACUAUGAUUCCAGUGGCUUAAUUGCUGUCACAUUUGAGCAUGUAUGGACUUGUGAUGAAACUGGGCCGAUCUUUUCGCUUUCCUUACGGAAUGAUGGACCAAAGUUACUGAGGAUUAUAGAUAUUACUGAGCAUGCCAUAAAGGGCCCAAUGAUUUUUCAGGUUAAAUACCUGAAUGGAUUAAUACUCUACCCUGAUACUGUAACAGAUAUAGCUUUAGUAAGAUAUACUUCUUCAGUUACAGAGGACAUUUCAUCUGACAGCUGCAAUAUAGUUGUAGAAACAAAUAGUACCCUUGGUAGUUCAAUCAUAAUACCAUGCAAAGAUUUAGUGCGCGCAUCUGAAUCCGUUGGACCGUUUGCCAGACAAGUAUAUGAGGAAGAUAUCUCUGCUAAUGCAAGAACAAGAACAUUGGGCAGCAUGCUGCAAGUAAAACACUCGCAUCAUGUGAAGCCAAUGGUCAGGAAAGCAGUCAAAGCUGAUGAUAGAAUGCUUAAACAAUGGAAAUCUCAUGGAACAAGUGAUGGGAUUUCUGUUCUUAUGGAUCAUGAAAUGAUGUUUCCCGUUGUGCAAAUUGGUUCACAGUUUUCUAAAUGGAUAAAAGUCCAUAACCCAAGCCUGGAGCGUGCAGCCAUGCAGCUGAUAGUGAACUCCGAGGAGAUCAUUGACCAAUGCAAAACUGUAACUGAUGUAUGUGAACUCACAUUCUCAAGCAAAUCUCCAGAGGUUAACUCAACUGAGACUAGAUUUGGUUUCUCGUUAGGUGAUGCAGCAAUCACCGAGGCCUAUGUCGAUCCUUCAGAGACUGCUUUGCUUGGUCCUAUUGUCUUCCGUCCCUCGAAUCACUGUAUGUGGUCAAGCAUGGUUUUGAUCAGAAACAACCUGUCGGGUGUGGAGAUGCUGCCUCUCCGGGCAUAUGGUGGGCGACAAUCUAUUGUCCUUCUAGAGGAAUCUGAGCCUGCUUGGAAGCUAGAGUUCAGCCUUGGGUCCAAUGUUCAUAAUAAAUCAACGAUGACCAAACAAGAGAUCCCAAGCUCUUUGUGCAGUCAACAGCUAACCAAAGAGAUACAUGUUAAAAACAGCGGUGACCUUCCUCUACAAGUGACAAAGGUUAAAGUUUCAGGAGCUGAUUGUGGUGUGGAUGGAUUUACCGUGGACAACUGCAAAGGAUUUAGCUUAGCACCGAGUGAAUCAAUAAGAAUGCUCAUUUCUUUUCAAGCUGACUUCUCUUCAGCUAUGGUUCAGAGAGAUCUUGAGUUGGUCAUGACUACUGGCAUCUUUCCGAUCCCUAUGACUGCAACAAUUCCGGUCUGCAUGCUUAACCAGUGCAGAAAAUCUUAUCUCAGAUCUGCCCACUGGAAGCUGUUGGUAAUCUUGUUUGGAGCUUUAGCACUGCUUAUUCUGGUCUUUGUCCGUUAUGCCCCAGAUUCUUUGACAGUGGGCUCUCAAGACUAUAUCAAGAUUGAUGACAAAAAAAGUGCCAUUUUCGAGGAGAACAAGAAAAGUACCAUUAACAAGACCCUUUUCCUUAACCAAAGCAGCAAAAAGUCCAGGACAAAUAAGGAACACAAAAGAACUGAAGAAGCUGUUGCUGAGAAGUACCCUGCCAGUGUUGUUGAUAGCUCAAAGAGAGCAGAUGACAAGAAUAAACCUGAUGAACAACUGCACACAACUUCGACGGUAUCCGUGUCCCGAGGUAAUCCAGUGGAAGAUAAGGCCUCAAGAGAAGCUCCGCAGACCAGUGAAAACCUCACGAUCAGGAUUGCUCGAGACAAAGGGAAACGAAGGAAGCGGAAAGUUGGUGCAGGACUGGCAGGGAAGUUUGAGGUUUCUAGCAGCCACAGCGGGAACUCAACACCGUCUUCGCCAUUGUCGCAGAGCUCAACCCCGAAACAUGGCUGGUCUUUUUCUGGGGCGCCAUCAGAGCCGAAGCAUGAAAACAAAGUCGAGAGCAGAUUCGAUGUCGAGGCAACGGCAUCACCAACUCGCGCUAAUCAUGAGAAGAAGAAAACUUGGUCGCAAGUCGCUAAGGAGCAGCCUCGCUCUCGUUCAGCCUCACCAGGAAUCACAUCACCACCUCCAAGCCCUGCAGUGACCGCCCCCGUCGCAUGGCGCUCUCCGUCAUUGGCCCCCACGUCUUCACCGACAGCUCCACAGUCUCGUGCUCCUGGCUCCAAUCUGGUGAAAGACAAGGCUGUGAAGAGAGACGUGGGUGCUGCUGCGGCUGCGGCUGCGCCUUCCCCGAAGAAAGAGUUCACCUACGACAUAUGGGGAGACCAUUUCCCAGGAAACCUGCUGGUGGUCGCAAGGGAGGCCGCGCCACGCAAGAUGCCUGACGCUUCUGAAGGCGCCUCCUAUAGCUUGUUUGCUAGAGAGCCCCAGACCCUCAUGAUGAAGCCAUCAUCAUCUGCACCGCCGCCCAUGUCUCGCGGCCGCGGUUCGCCGCCGUCUCAUGUAGCAUCUGGUUACGGAAUAAAAUGACCCUGAAAGCUUAAAAUAAUUUGACCCUGCGUCUUGCAUGCAUUCAUGCGCGCUCCGUUUC